CGGGCGCAGGGCUGCGUUCCCAGUCCGCGGGCGCCCUGCCACCCACCCCGCGUCCCCGCCGGCCGGAGCUCGGGGGGACCCGGCGGCGCGGCUGCAGGCGGCGGCUGGCUGGAUGCGAGACCUGCGCGGACCUGGCAGCGGACAGCGGCUCUCUACUCGCAGAAGCCGAACGCGCUGGCCAUGGCCUCCAACUUUAACGACAUAGUCAAGCAGGGCUACGUGAAAAUCCGCAGCAGGAAGCUGGGGAUUUUCAGACGAUGCUGGUUGGUUUUCAAGAAGGCUUCUAGUAAAGGACCCAGAAGACUAGAAAAAUUUCCAGAUGAAAAGGCAGCGUAUUUCAGAAAUUUCCAUAAGGUAACUGAACUGCACAACAUCAAAAAUAUAACCAGACUGCCUCGAGAGACAAAGAAGCAUGCAGUAGCAAUUAUCUUUCAUGAUGAAACGUCCAAGACAUUUGCCUGCGAGUCAGAGCUGGAGGCUGAGGAGUGGUGCAAGCAUCUCUGUAUGGAAUGUCUGGGGACCAGGCUGAACGACAUCAGCCUUGGGGAACCGGAUCUUCUGGCGGCAGGAGUACAGAGGGAACAGAACGAACGAUUCAAUGUAUAUCUUAUGCCUACACCAAAUCUGGAUAUUUAUGGUGAAUGCACAAUGCAAAUCACUCAUGAGAAUAUCUAUCUCUGGGACAUCCACAAUGCCAAGGUCAAACUGGUGAUGUGGCCUCUCAGCUCACUGAGGAGAUACGGGAGGGACUCAACGUGGUUCACCUUUGAAUCAGGAAGAAUGUGUGAUACAGGAGAAGGACUAUUCACUUUUCAAACAAGGGAAGGAGAAAUGAUCUAUCAGAAGGUCCAUUCUGCGACACUGGCCAUAGCUGAGCAACAUGAAAGAUUAAUGCUAGAAAUGGAACAGAAGGCCCGGCUUCAGACAAGCUUGACGGAACCAAUGACGUUAUCCAAGUCAAUAUCUCUCCCUCGCAGCGCAUACUGGCAUCAUAUCACUCGUCAGAACAGCGUUGGCGAGAUCUACAGUUUGCAAGGUCACGGGUUUGGUUCGGCAAAGAUGUCGCGUGCACAGACCUUUCCCAGCUAUGCCUCGGAGCAGAGUGAAGAGACGCAGCAAUCUUUGUCCCGGUCCAGCAGCUAUGGAUUCAGCUACAGCUCCAGCCUCAUUCAAUGACACAGAGAGGGCCACUGCUGACUAGAGAGACAGUCUGUCCUGGACCUGCUAAUAGGGUCAUUGCACCCUCUGCCUCCUAGAAGACCGAUUGCAGUAAAAGUUGAAAUGGGUCGGGUCUCGCCCCAAUCCCAGUGGAAGGUUAAAAACUGGAGUUCUGCUUCCUUGAUUCCGUGGCUAAGUCCUUUACUUAUUGAGUUUCUUGGGGGGAAAUCUAUGUUUUACAAAAAUAGAAUCCAAAUCGUAUGAGCAGUCAUUUAAAUAACAUUCUUUCGGUCCAACGGUAGCAGUAGCCGGGGCACUGUGACAGGUGCCCACAUGGGCCAUAACCCCUGGGUGGUGGGCAUAACCCCUGUGCUCAUGGCUCAGGCCUCUGGCUGAUGGCAGGGUUGGUCCUAGACAUGAGGUGAUCCACCACAAGCUGUGUGCCUGUAAGGCUUUGGCAGGAUCAAAUGUAGUAAGCUCCACAAAUGGCAUCGAAAAGCUCCAUAUAAAUAACCCAGUGGAAAUUAAAGGAACGCGAAAUUUAGAACACACUAUUAGGCAGGGCCAUGUAGCUCAAUGUGUGUGUGUGUGUGUGUGUGUGUGUGUGUGUGUACACAAAUAUAGAUAUGGAUAUCGCUAUAUCCAUCUAUAUCUAACUCAUAUAUCAAAUGUGUGCUGAGGGUGACAGGAUAUGCUCACUUAAAUUGUCAAAAUUGUAAUUUGGUGCAUUAAAAUUAAGAUUGUUAUGUUGAAUAGCUAUUUUUAAAAUAGUGCUGUAAAAAAAAAAAAGCUUCUUAUUAGCAAAAGUAUUUAUAUAGUCAAGUCUGCUCCUGUGACAAGUGUGAGAAUGGGAGAAGGGGCACACUUGGGAAGCAGAAGAACUGGUCUAGCUGUCCCACACCUCUCUGUCACAUCACCUGUCUGUCUUUCUGGUUAGGAUGCCCUUGUGUUGAUAAUGUUUCUCCCUUUGGCCAUCCUGCUGAGCUACAUGGGGAAGACUGGGUGUGCUCACCAGACGGCUUCCAUUUAAUCCCGAGAAAAAGAAGGCUCUAAGACAGUUAAGAGAAAAAUACCCUUAAGAAGAACCGAUCUAUUUUGCAGUCACGGGGACAACACGCAGGGGUUGUAGAUGUCAUUUAAAAUUGCACACAUGCUGUCCUCAGAGAGCCAACAGGGCUUUGUCGUUUAUGUGCAACCAGGAUUUGCCGGGCUUUGCUUUCCUUCCUGGACAUGGGCUGGCUGGGCUCGUGAGGAAACGGAUUAAUCAUAAGUUUUUUCAUCCCUGACAGUAAUGGCAAACCUUCAAGGUUUAAAGGAAAGUGGUGAUUUCUACAUGAAUUAAGGAAGUUUGGCUAAUUUGGGUCAACAUAGGUAGUUUUGCCUUCAGUUUUGGAGUUCAUGUGAGUAAAAAUAAAGAUGAUUUUGCACACAUUAUCUGAUGCCACGUGCCUAGAUGGUCAGCUGACAAAUAUCCCCAGCGGCCUUCAAACAGCAGUGAGCCCAGGUCAUGUAAGAUGAAAACCUGAUUUUUUUUUUCUAAAAGCAACAUUUUUUUGAACUGUCAAAGUUAGUCUGUUGAAAGGGAGCCUGUUUUGCUGAUCUGUGAUAAGAUAUUUUUUCAUCCCUAUCCUUAGCUUGAAUGCAGGUCGACAGUUCAUUCCAGAGAAUUACUACAGAAUUAAAUGGUUCUGGGUGUCUCCUUGAUAAAUCCGCAAUUAUAGCAACUACCUUGACAACCCGCAUCUCUCAGAUAAGUAUGAAAACCCCAUCAAGAUGCUAAUCAUAAGAGUUAAUGUGGCUGUGAAAAAUAAUUAUCCUAAGCUUUCAUGGAUAAAAAGAAAAUUACUCCAGUGCUCGGCACUGUGAAUUUUGCUGACACAGCAGAAGAGCAGAUGAUUGGCUCCUGACAAUGAUACAGCCUGCCUUGAGAUCCCAGCGUUCGGAGUUAGACACCUCUGAAUUACUUUAGGACAUGGCAUUUGCUUUUGAAAUGCCAUUAGUAAAACCCACCAGAGCAACUCCCAGCUGAGACCACAGAGCACAGCUCCUAGUGGUGCCAUAUUCAGAGCAAGCCUCUCCCCGGCUCACUCGGUCGAGCUGUUGCUUAGAGACCACAAGUUUCUGCAAGGGACUUUGGGGAAAGGCCCCCAAGGGACCUGGUUAGUGUCUCAGCUUUAUUAAUGUGCCAGAAGCACAGACAGCGAGUCCAGGAGGGAUUCUGCUAAUUAGAUGAGUCUGCUCUCAUGUGUUUUAGGUGGGACACACAAUACCUGCAUGAGUUCUUCAACACCAUUUGCUUGUCCUUAUUUCCCAUGAGCACAGCUGAGAGAGUACCAAAGAACAGGCAUGACCUUGGGCCAGUGCAUUCCGGACCUCAGGCCGUAGAAAGAGUCUGGGAGGUAGAAAUUUCCCUUCCACGUCUUUACCCAAUCUCAUCACAAUGAGAAUAAUGCUGUAAAAUAUGUCAUGGUACAUUUUUGGAGAUUUAUUCUAGCAGACUCCUCCAAUUAUACUUACAAUUGUAGUUAAGUCUAAAUUGCUAAAUGAACAGAUAGGAGAAUUUAUAAUAACCUAGUAUCUUUGACAUAAGGCAGUGUGCAUUGUAAUAAAAAUACAUCGUCUAUAGACAAAUUGUCUGCAAAAACCAAAGAUGAAAUGUUACUGAACCAGUCUCCUGGAACGUCAUAAAAUCAAAUCCACUGGAGCAACCAGAGGGGCCAUAGGCAAGUGUUCAACUCCCUUGCACUUGUAGCUUUUUGACUGAAGAUGCCUCUAUACUUUGCAAGUCAUUGUUCUCCCUUCAGAAACUGUAUUGUAUCUUUAAUAUACGCGUGACUUUUUCAUUGUGAGGGAGUGACAGGCUAUGAACCAAAGACAUCUUUUGGUUUCUUCUGAAAGUGACUCAACUGGGGCUUCCAUCCAGACCGAGACAGAUGAGAGGGGAGGGUCACAGUUUCCAUAUCAGGUUGGAAGAGAGAAGGAUGAAGGAACCCAACUCAGUCAUAAAGGCUCUUCUGACAGCAGGGACAGCCUGGGGGACACACAUUUCACAGAAACUUUACACAAGGGGAUUCAUUUUUCAAGUCCCCAGGUUUUUCUUCUGAUAAUAUUGUUGUACACAUGAUAUUAUAUUUAAAAUGCAUAAAAGUCCAAAAUAACUUUAACCCAAUGGUUUACUAUUCUGACAGGGGAAUGAAAACACAUCUUUCAUUUAUUCAUUGAAUGCAUAAUAGGCACUCAGAACUAAUUUAUUGAUGCAGGUUGCAAAUAUUUAUGAAUCAAUAGGUUCUGGCCACAGCCACAAUUUGAAAUUAAUGAAAUAAGAAAUAUAUAUUUACUUAUAUGCUAGGGAAGAUGUUGUUUGAUAGAGCAUGUGAAAUAAAGUGAAACAUAUUUAUUAAUAGUAAACGUCACCUUUUUCACCAAGUAGUAACUAGUCCUCGUAUCUUGUACAAUUUUUCUUUCUCUUCUUUGGGCAAUUAUGUUUGAAAAUCAUUAUCACCUGUAAACUGGUCAGCCACUUAUACUUUCUGUCCAAUAUAGAAACAGUGGGCUGAUAAAUAACUUUAUACUGUUAGCAAUUUCUACAGAUCCAAUUUAUUGCAUGUAGUAUUUUUCUAGUAGAUAUUAAAAAUACAUCAUAAAAAAAAAAAA